CUAUUAACUUAAGAAGUACACCAUCGGGAAGGUAGGUCAAUAGGAGUUGUACUUCAUUUCCAUUUGUCAUCGUCUUAAGAAGAUCAAUACGAGGUUAACGACGAAAUUUUUUGCCAGCUAAAAAAUAAAAAAAAUAUUGUUGACGCAAAUCCGAGGCAAAACAUUUGAAAUGUAUCUCACAUCAGCAAUUUUAAUGAAGGUGGGUAUUUAAUAGAAAUACAUUUUAGAGAUACAUUUUAACACUGAAGAACAAUUAUGUAUUGGGUAAAGUUUGGGUAAGGGAUUACUCUAAAAUAGCUCAGUUCUGCUUGGCGUGUGUACAAAGUAGAACAAGGCAUGUGAUAAAGAGUACACCCGAAUUUCACAUGGUGUUUGUGGAGGUGUGCAUGUGUGAUUGCACGCCAUUCAUGACCAAGACCGUAUAUUCAAUUGUGAAUAGAAAUUUUGUGUGAAGUACUUUUUGUUUAGUUUAGAUAUAGAGAAAAAAUUAAUAUGCCAUCUAAUGUAAAACUCAGAGAUUUGAUUCGUUCUAUCAGAGCUGCAAGAACAGCUCAGGAUGAGCGCGAUGUCAUCACGAAAGAAUGUGCACUAAUACGUACAUCUUUCAGGGAAGAAGAUAAUGACGUUCGAGGACGAAAUGUUGCAAAGUUACUUUAUAUUCACAUGCUUGGGUAUCCAGCACAUUUUGGUCAAUUGGAGUGUUUAAAGCUGAUUGCUUCACAAAAGUUUAAUGAUAAAAGAAUGGGUUAUCUUGGUGCUAUGAUGUUGCUGGAUGAAAAACAAGAUGUCCAUCUCUUAGUUACAAAUUGUUUAAAAAAUGAUUUAAAUCACACGUCACAAUACGUUCAAGGUCUUGCUUUAUGUACACUGGGCAGCAUAUGUUCAUCAGAGAUGAGCCGUGAUUUAGCUGGGGAGGUUGAAAGACUCAUGAAAGCUGGCAACAGUUAUAUCAAGAAGAAGGCCUGCUUAUGUGCUGUCCGAGUUAUUCGAAAAGUUCCUGAACUUAUGGAGAUGUAUAUUCCUUUAACAAGAUCGUUAAUGAGCGAUAAUAACCAUGGUGUUCAACUAACUGCAAUUGUUCUUAUUGCUGAGAUGUGUAUCCUUAAUCAAGAUGUUGUUUCCCAUUUUAGACGAUAUGUGCCCAACUUAGUUCGUUCAUUGAAAUCGCUAAUUCAAUCAGGGUAUUCUCCAGAACAUGAUGUUAAUGGAAUAAGUGAUCCUUUUCUUCAGGUUAAUGCACUGCGUUUGUUAAGGUUGUUAGGACAUAAAGAUUCCGAUGCUAGCGAAACUAUGAAUGAUUUAUUAGCACAGGUUGCUACAAACACAGAAACAACGAAGAAUGUUGGGAACGCUGUUUUGUACGAAACUGUUUUAACGAUUAUGGAUAUAAAAUCAGAAAGUGGAUUAAGGGUUCUGGCUAUUAAUAUUUUGGGUCGAUUUUUACUGAACAAUGAUAAAAAUAUACGGUAUGUCGCUCUUAACACAUUGCUGAAAACGCUGCUUGUUGACAACAAUGCUGUGCAACGACACCGUAGCACAGUACUAGAGUGUUUGAAAGAUCCAGAUAUUUCUAUAAGGAGACGUGCUGUUGAGCUCAGUUUUGCUUUAGUCAACUCUGGAAACAUUCGCAGCAUGAUGAAGGAAUUGAUCCACUUUUUGGAAAACUGUGACGUGGAAUUCAAACAAUACACUACAUCAAAUAUAAUUACUGUGUCUGAGAGAUUUGCACCAAAUAAAAGAUGGCACAUUGAUACGAUACUGAAAGUUCUUACUACAGCUAGCGCUUAUGUUCGUGAUGAUGCCGUGUCGAAUCUUAUCCAGUUAGUAUCAAAUACAAGUACACUUCACACUUAUACUGUUCAGCAACUAUUUCGAGCUAUCCAGGAAGACAAAACUCAGCCAUCCCUAGUUCAAGUUGCAUCGUGGUGUAUUGGAGAGUAUGGUGAACUACUUAUGUCUACAGAUUUAGAAGAGGAUGAACCUCUAAACGUAACCGAAGCAGAUGUUGUAAACGUUUUGUCAAGCAUUUUAAACAGUACGCUGACAUCACAAGUGACGAAGGAGUACGCGCUUACCGCUCUGAUGAAGCUUACCACGCGUUUUACGACGUGUACUGAGCAAAUACAGUAUAUCAUUAAUAAUUUCACCACAAACACCGAUGUGGAGUUGCAACAAAGAUCUGUUGAAUACGACGCCAUAUUUCGUAAGUACGAAACGCUACGUCCAGGCUUAUUAGAACGGAUGCCGACAGUGAAGGCUGAAUCGAACAAUAAUGAAGGUUUCGAAGGCCCCGCUGUAAAUGGGGAAGCAGUUCCUGCCGAAAAAGUUAAAAUCGAAGUUUCACAUACCCCACAACAAAAAGAAUCCGAUUCGUUGUUAGAUCUUUUAGGCGAUGGAUUGCCUAUAACUAAUCCUAGUCCAGUUGUGCAACAACCUACAACAGAGUCAUCAUCCUCUGGAUUGAUGGAUUUACUUGGUGAUUUGGAUAUGGGUGCAACAGCAGCUGCUCCUGCUCUGACAAUGCCAAUGGAUGGACCAUCAUCUUUAAAUGAUCUUCUUGGCAUGGGUACGGCUAACAAUUCAGCGGUUGCCACUCAAGCUAUGUCUACACCUGUUAUGGAUAUGACUCAACCAGAAGGUAUUCCGCCCAUAACAGCCUUUGAUAAAAAUGGUCUGAGCAUUCAAUUUUCUUUUGACAUGACAAACUUACAAACCAGUAAUGUAUUUACGGUUACUAUGACAGCAAAAAAUUCACGAGUAUCGCCGAUGACCGAUUUUGUUUUUCAAGCGGCUGUACCAAAGUCUUUCAAACUUCAAUUACAACCUCCAACAGGGAACCUCCUUCCUCCAGGAAGUAGUGGCGUUGUGACACAGUCAAUGAUGGUAGCUAAUCCAAACAAGGAAUUGGUUCGUAUGCUUCUUCGGAUUAGUUACAACUUUAAUGGACAACCAGUUCAAGAACAAAGUCAAGUAGAUAAUUUUCCGUCCGCCCUUUAUCAAUACUAAAAGAUAAAAAAUAUAGAUUUCAAGCUGAAUAAUUUCCAAAUUCGCAUAUCGAAUCUCACGACAUACUUUUUGUUUUCUUUUUUUACCGCGCAAGAAAUUAAAUGCCAACACUACUGAUUGGCUGUUUUGGAUGCAGUCAUGGAAGCGUUUGUUCAAAUGGAAAUAAAAAUGGUAGAUUUGUAAUAUGGUGAAACAUUAGUACAUUUUUGAUUCGUCUUUAAAUUUUCAAUGGAUUGUAAUAUUUCGUUGGGUGAUUUCGUUUUUCCUUUGUUGUUGUUGAAUAAUAUUUUUUUACUGUGAUGCUUCGUAUAUGAGUUAGUAUAUUUAGGAUAAACAAUUAUUACCAUUUCCACUUUCAGCAUGCCAUUUAUAGACACAAUUAUCGUUAUUGUAAGAUCCACGUUUUCCUUAUAUGUUAUCCUGAGCAUCUUUCGACCGUAUUGUUAUUUCAAGUUCUAAAUACCGAUAAUCGCUUGUUAAUCGCUUAUUAGUCUCAUCAAAAGGAAUUUACAGUUAGGAGUUUUAGUUUUCUAUUUACUGUAUAUUUUUUGUGCUCAACAGAAACGAGUGAAUAAUUAGUUCAACAGUUUGAACAGAAUAAAAUACCAACUUCUUUGCUUUUUUGAUUGCAAUUUUUUUAAAAAAAUUAAAUCGACUUUAUGUCAAAAUUGAGUAUUCGUCAGCAGCUCUUUAAAAUGUGCCAACACCGAAUGAUAGCCAAUAAUAGUUUUUCUUUUUUUACAAGUUAAUUACCAAAGGAGUAUCAUAUGUCUGAACUGUGAAUAUUAAAUGUAAACAAUGGUUGUGAAAACAUAACUGAAAAAUAUGACAUUUAUUUUCUUUGUUGUCAAGGAUUCUGAUUGGUUAAAUAACUUCGUACUCAGUUCCGUCAGAAUGAAUAGGGAACCUAAGAAACAAAUGAGUCGCUCAACGAUUCGUUAAAAUAAACAUUUCACUCAGAGCUGGGUUUUUUCAAACCUUGUAUUAUAAAUGUAUUCUGAAACGUUUCUAUCUGUUUAUGAAUUAUGCAUUAAUUUGUUGAGUAAAUAUUUUUUAAACUUGCUUUUUCAUAUAUUCAAAUAUCUGACUGUACUA